GGGCAGCUCCUUAUCAGCCUGGAGGCUGUGAACUCCGUUACCUGAGAGGCUGCUGCUGACUUUGGGCUGCUGACCAUGGCUUUCCACAGGCACACAGGGCCYGGCAGCUACACCGUGGGCACCAUGUCGGAGCGCUUCGACUGCCACUACUGCCGCGACCCGCUGCAGGGCAAGAAGUACGUGCAGAAGGAGGGGCGGCACUGCUGCGUCAAGUGCUUCGAGAAAUUCUGUGCCAACACCUGCACCGAGUGCAAGAAACCCAUCGGGGCCGACUCCAAGGAGCUGCAUUUCAAGAACCGCUACUGGCACGACAACUGCUUCCGCUGCUUCAAGUGCUACACAUCCCUGGUCAAYGAGCCCUUCAUGCUGAGGGAGAACAACAAGGUUUGGUGCAGCAACUGCACCGCUGCCGAGGAUGCACCCAGGUGUAAGGGCUGCUUCAAGCCCAUUAUUGCAGGAGACCAAAAUGUUGAGUACAAGAAGAUGGUCUGGCACAAGGACUGCUUCACCUGCAGUCAGUGCAAGCAAGUGAUUGGAUCUGGGAGCUUCUUCCCCAAGGGUGAUGAAUUCUACUGCGUCUCCUGCCACGAGCACAAGUUUGCCAAGACCUGUGCUAAGUGCAAGAACCCCAUCACUUCUGGAGGCCUCACUUACCAGGAACAGCCUUGGCAUUCCGAGUGUUUCAUUUGCUCCAACUGCAAGAAGCCACUGGGUGGGAAGCGCUUCACAGCUGUGGAGGAUGAGUUUUACUGCGUUGAAUGCUACAAGGAGUGUGUUGCCAAGAAGUGUGCUGGCUGCAAGAAUCCUAUUACAGCAGGAUUUGGAAGAGGAACCAGUGUGGUUAACUAUGAAGAUGAAUCCUGGCACGAUUACUGUUUCAAAUGCACAAAGUGUGCCCGUGGUCUGGCCAACAAGCGCUUUGUUUGCCAUAAUGGRAAAAUUUAUUGUGCUGAGUGUCCCAAACGACUGUAAUGAGCAGAUGUAAGAUGGAUUUUAAAGCCCUGCUUUCCCAAACAAUCCUGGUAAAGGAGCAGGUUUUUGCAUGUUGAGAACUUUAACUUUUUCCAUUUUAGUUUAAGAACUAAAUUAGCCUUAAUAACUGGGUUUGACUUUUGAAGCUCCUGCAGUAUAAAAGCAUGUAGCCUUGCAAAAAUCUAACCUUGGUUCCAAGUAACUCCUAGUAUAAAGGCUUGAAAUGCUGUUAGAKGUAGAGAUCCACACACCGCCUCAUCUGUGUGUGGCUUAAACUAAAACAAAUCUAGUUUUAAACUUCUCUGAUAUAUGWUUAAGCUUGGCACUUAACUGAAGUGGGUUUGACAAGGCAUGCACCUCGGACACAGAGAUGCAAAGAUUGCACCUGGGCUCAGAGGGAUCCAUGAUUAUGCUUUUACAAGUACWGACAUACAACAUACACUACACCAUUAAUAUAUAAUAAAUACUUUAGCUUACUCUACUMCACCACAUUGCAGCACGUGUAGGAAUGGCUUCAUCUUACAGCUAACACUGUUUUGGCAGUGACAUUUAGCUUAGUUAAGUUUAUGGAAACUUGUUUUAGUCUUGAUUUCCGCAUGCUCUGCCCAAAAGUUUUGCUCAUCAGCUUUUUUUAUAYCGUUGUUUAAACAAGGCUGUCUAUGUACAAUUAUUAAUCCAUUAACGAGUAGUAAAUCUUUCACCUACAACAUGCACAUGCAUUUACAAGUGCCUCAAAAAUAGCUCAGACAAUGACAGCUCUCCUAUCAUGUCAGUGUAUGUUUAGUGACUGAAUAAAAGAGAGAUUAGUGCCUGCUUGGAAUCUACAGUCUGGAAUUUUAUUUUUUUUCAUUUUGCUAUCUUACAUGAUUGAAGUGUCUUCAGGCUGAGCUACUGCAACCAAGUCUACUACAUUGAUACUGGCAAAGUAAGAGUGAGCUGUGCUGUCAUUGCACCCUUAAAUAUCUAAGCACUGAAGCAACCAUUUCCAUAAACUAAUUAAUUUUUUAAUAUAUAAUUGACACUGGACCAUCUGCCAGAAACAGCCUGUGUGAACAAGCCCUUUGGAGAGCAUAURUAGAGCCACUGUUCAUGCACAGAUCUAUCACCCUUCAGCAACAUGAAUGCUGGUUUAAGGAGGUUUUCUUAGUUGUGAAAUACAGAAAUAUUUUAUCGAUUGAAUGCUGGUCCUGUCCUUCCCUUUCACCUACUGACAAAGAACCCUUGCAAGAAAAAGAAAAGGCAGCAUCUUGCUGGUCACUGCUCCACUGCUGGACUCACCCUCACAACACAGAGAUACAGCUGCUGCAGGGGAAAGGCAAAGGCUGGCAGGGAAAAGCAGGUUAAAGAAUUCCUCAGUUCAGAACACACCAUCAGUACAAACACAGCAAGAGUUGAAGGUGUUGUUAGUGCAAAUCUUAUCCCAACCACACAGAUGUGAUUGCCAGAUGCUGCUAGUUUGGGAAUCUGCAGAUGGAGCAGAUAGAGCAGCACCAGAGUGCAUCCCAAGGCAGGUCAGCGUGGCAGGGGA